AUGGCGACCAAAUCCAUCUUCUUCUUCUUAUUUGUCUCCGCCGUGUGCUUGUCGUCUCUCGCCGGCGUUGCCGUCGCUGACGCUGAUGACUUUGACCGUUUCCAAAUUCAGGGAUCAGUUUAUUGUGAUACAUGCCGUGUUCAAUUCGUUACCCGUCUAAGCAAAUUCCUUGAAGGAGCGAAAGUGAAGCUAGAGUGCAGGAGCAGAACUAACGGAACCGUAACGUUGACCAAAGAAGCCGUUACGGACAAAACAGGUAGCUACCAAAUGGAAGUAACCGGUGACCACGAGGAAGAAGUGUGCGAGCUCGUGCUCGUCCAAUCACCGGACUCUGGUUGCAGUGACGUCAGCAAAGAGGCUUACCUACGUAACGCCGCUAAGAUCAGUUUAACGGCGAAUGACGGAAUCGUAUCUCACGAGACACGUAUCGUUAACCCUCUUGGUUUCAUGGUUAAGACUCCGUUAGCUGACUGCCCUGCUGCUUUCAAGGAGCUUGGGAUCGUUCCUGACGUCACCUUCUAA